AUGGCUCGAUGGGUUGGAUCCAAGGUCGGAAAACCCAUCGAGGAUCUUACCACAGCACUUAAUGACGGCCUUGUUCUAGCCAAACUCGUCAACGUCAUAGCCGAAGAAAGCGGCACCUCCGAAUACGUCCUCCAGCCCAUAUACCAGAAACCAACCCUACAUCUCCAGAAAGUGGAAAACAUCGACGAUGUGCUCAAGUUCUGCCGGCUCAUUCUCCAGAUCAAUACGUGCUCUGUCAGUGCCGAAAAUGUCGUGGAAGGAGACCUCAAACUCAUCCUUGGGCUCAUAUGGACCUUCUUUGUGUAUUCUACCCUGACGCUGAUAUCCAUAGCCAACGAGGGCAACUCUAUUCACGAAAUCAAGCAGAUUCUACUACGGUGGAUCAACUCGGUCGGACGGUCCCGGGCGCUUCCGGAAAUCGGCAAUUUCUCCAAAGACUGGUCGCUUCAAACCAGCCUGAGACCUGAUCUUGUGUUUGCAGCCAUUUGUGACUAUUAUGUUCCUGACGCUCUUUUACAUUUCAACGAUCUCAAAAAUGGCAAACCCGUGGCCAACUUGGACUUGGUUUUCGCCCAGGCGGAUCUGAAACUCCAGAUUCCCCAGCUCUUGGUUCCUGAAGACUUCAAUGUACUUGUGCCUGACGAAAAGAGCAUCAUCCUAUAUCUUCUCCAGUGGUACACGUUCUUCGAGCUAACGCCGGAUAUUCCAGAUUCGCCGGUCAUUCCCCAGGAAAAUACCAACGUUCUAGCGCAGUUUGUGCGUCUUUGUUUGGAAGCUCUGAAAGCAAAAAACUCAUACGAGUCUAAGGCACUACGGCUUGUGGAGCAGGUGAACUCCAAUAUCAUGAAACUCAGCAACCUAAACGAAGAGCUCUGUCUGACAAUUGUGCCUGCCAACCUAGGGCACCAGCUUGAUGAGUUUUGUGGAGAUCUCAGGGGGUCGAAAAUCGUGGACCAGCUUUCUUCCAGAACCCAAUACCCGCAUAUUUCCAUGUUUGGCCAGUUUUUCGUGGAUCUCUUGACCGCCUACGAGCAUUUUUCCCUUCAGCUCAAACCAACCUACUUGCAUCACGAUUUUCCAGAAUUGCAGGCUCUUCUCAAGGCCGUUUCUGUGAGUCUCUCCAGAACGGGCAUUCCUUCUUUUCAGCCCGAAAAAAAUGUCGCCUUGUCCACGAUAGCCACCCGUUUGGAGUGCCUCAACGAGUUGGACAAGAUUGUUGGUGAAAAAAUGCUUGAAGUGUUGAGCCAGCUUUGUGGUUCCAAAAUUGCCAAUGUCGAUGGCCUUCUAGCGACCAUUGAAGCCCAUUUAAAAGCACACAGCAGGGAGCCCAUUCCUCCAGUUUUGAAGCAGUAUGUGGACGAUUUGAGCCAGGUGAUGGAGCUCAAACAGCAUCUUGACCGUUUCAACGGCGUUCUACGUCCGAAAAGAAGUGCUCAAGGUUUGCAAAUUCUUGUGGAUUCUCUUGAGACCAUCGAUGUUCCAGAAACUCCAGAAACGCCAACCACAGAACAAACCAUGGCUUUCCAGAAAUUCAAAGAUAUCGUUGCUCUGCAGCACAACCAGCAGAACCUCACCCACUCGGACCUCACACGGUUCAUGGACAACCUAGCCGAUCUUCCCAAAAACGACAAAAAAGAGUUUGUUCUCUUGGUGCCGUCCAGACGGAUGCUCAAUCGAAGCGAAAGCGACGAAUUCUCCACCUACGGUCUGGAUGAAAACACCUCUGUCAACGAGGAAGAGCUGGCUCUUUUUGACAGGGUCCAGCAGACGGUGGAGCAGAAGCUUGCAGGAACGUACAACAAGCUUUACAAUUUGGCAGAGUUUGUGGAGCGUCUCGAGGGCGGUUUUUCCGUAUGA